CCAUAACUUACAAUGCAUCUAGAUCUAUCAAUGCAGCCGUCAGUCAUAAUCAAUCCGCAAACUCCCUCCCACCAUAGACCUCAAACACCUCCAGCCAUCGCCAUCCUCACACCAUAUACACAUACACCCACACAAGAAAAGAGAUGCCCCGCUCCGACGAAGCCGAAUGGUGGAUCAACGCCGUCUACGAAGCGAUCCAAGAAAUCCCCCGCGGCCGAGUCACCUCCUACGGCCAUAUCGCCUGCCUCCUGGGAUAUCCCAAACGCCCCCGCCAAGUCGGCGUAAGCCUCAAACAUCUGCCCUCUGCGCCGUCGAAUCCCGAGCCAGAGACAGUUGUAGAGGCAGAGGCAGAUGGCGAAAAAGAACCCGCCGCAACCCCAUUCUUUCACUCCGGGAACGUCCCGUGGCAGCGCGUGAUUAAUUCCAAGGGGAUGAUUUCGCAUCGAGGACCAGGAAGUGCAGAGCGGCAGGCUGAAGUGCUGCGAGCGGAGGGCGUGGAGGUGGAGGUGGAUAGUAUGGGGGAGUACUACGUGGAUUUUGGGCGGUUUGGGUGGUUUCCGGAUGUGUUGCCGAGUGAGGAAGGGUUGGAGUCGGAUGGAGGAGAU